CUCUCCAUCAGCCGCUCCUGAGGGGGGAAAGUGUGGACCGACUGCCUGAGGGGCUUCAGUUAGGACUCGGAUAGCUGUGCUCACUCCAGCCAGCGCACUGGACUCUUUUACUCCUUUCAUGAAGGACAUAAUGGACAGGUAGGCUAAGGAGUGAAGGAUGGACAGCUGAAGUUUUCGGAGAACAGUCCAGAGCCGUUCCACUGGUCACUUGGAGAAGGAAAAGAAGCCCGCUUCUCUCUUCAUUUGCUCCUUUUUCGUCGAGCCCGCGAUGGGAGAGGGUGCUAAAGGCGGCUGUGCCGCUGCUUCAGCUCGGACUCACUGUAACAGCUCCACAGACACGACCACUGUGCAGAGGAUUUACCUUCCGCUCUUCCUGCUGCUGCUCUUGUUCACCCCGCGCGUGGAUUCCUCCUGGUGGUACAUUGGUGCACUGGGCGCUCGGGUCAUAUGCGACAACAUUCCAGGCCUAGUCAACAAGCAGCGGCAGUUGUGCCAGCGACACCCAGACCUGAUGCAAUCCAUUGGCGAGGGAGCCAAGGAGUGGAUCCGGGAGUGCCAGCACCAGUUCCGACACCACCGCUGGAAUUGCAGCACAUUGGAACGAGACCACACAGUGUUUGGUCGCGUCAUGCUCCGCAGCAGCCGAGAGGCAGCGUUCGUGUAUGCCAUCUCCUCUGCAGGAGUGGUCUAUGCCAUCACCAGAGCCUGCAGCCAGGGGGAGCUCAAGACCUGCAGCUGUGACACCCACAAGAGAGGGAGAGCCAGUGAUGAAAUGGGGGACUUUGACUGGGGUGGCUGCAGCGACAACAUCAACUAUGGCAUCAAGUUUGCCAAGGCUUUUGUGGAUGCCAGGGAGAGGAUGGUAAAAGAUGCCCGAGCUCUGAUGAACCUGCACAAUAACCGCUGUGGGAGGAUGGCAGUGAAGCGCUUCAUGAAGCUGGAAUGCAAGUGCCAUGGAGUCAGUGGGUCAUGUGCUCUACGGACAUGUUGGCUUGCUAUGUCAGAUUUCCGCCGCACAGGAGACUACUUGAGGAAGAAGUACAACACAGCCGUGGAGGUCACAAUGAACCAGGAUGGCACUGGGUUCAUGGCUGCAGACAGAAACUUCCGAGGAACAACCAAAAAUGAUCUUGUGUACGUAGAAAGCUCUCCAGACUACUGCCUUAUGGAUCGAACAGCAGGUUCUCUGGGCACUGCUGGGAGGGUGUGCAACAAGUCAUCCAGGGGCAUGGAUGGCUGCGAAGUCAUGUGCUGUGGCCGAGGAUAUGACACCACACGAGUUAAACGAGUCACCAAAUGUGAGUGCAAGUUCAAGUGGUGCUGUGCUGUAGAAUGCAGCGACUGUGAAGACACUGUGGACGUUCACACCUGCAAGCCACAUAAGAGGCCCGACUGGCUGGAUCUCACUUGACUGGCAUGGUUGUGGCCAAGCACUCAAGAAUUUCAUCUUCUCAGGUUUUUCAAGUGGACCACUGCAUCAUGGGAUGCCAGGCCCCAGCUUCCAGAUCUCCACCAGCAAACCCUUGAACUGUGUUGGACUUCCAUGGUGAAAGAACAGAGGCAAAGCUUUCAGAAGUCUGAAACCUUGCUAGUCAUUGGAUGUCAUGAGAAAGUAUAUUUUAUCUAUGGUUUGCAUUGUCGUGGUUCAAUGACCUCAGAUCAUAUAAAUGGUUGCACACUGCUUUAAGACUGUCAUGUUAACAUACAUACAUAACUCUUAAUUUGCUUCCAAGUCUUGUUUAACAAGAAUGAACAUUUGUUAUGCUCUUUCUCUUAGAUCGACUCUCAGAGUUAGUCUAGCUAACUGAAAUUAAGAUUAAGGACUUGACACUGGAGAUGGUACAAAGCACCAAGAACCUCUACAGGAAGAAUUCAGAAUAGACUGAUGCUCUCAGUUCUAGAUUUGCCUGGAAGCGCACCCCAACUUACCACAGCACAUGGAAAUACCCCAGAUUUGUCCUUUAAUCAAACUUGGAGAAGGAGCUGAUUUUUGUACUUGGAAGGACACAGCUUAUAUAUGGUAAAACAAUAUCACAGCUACAAUUCUUCUAAAUUCUGUGAGGUUUAUUUUUAUAUAUUUGACUUGGAAUAACAGAAAUCAAAAGACAGCUUUCCAGCAUGUCAUCAUUUGUUAUAUUCCAAAUAAUGGAUAUUUUCAUCUCUUGUUAAUGAAGUUUAAUAUCUGAGCACUUCAACAUAAUUGUACAUACAAGCCCCUCUUGGCAAUGGUGCUCAUACUUCUGUGACAAAGCAGAUAUUUUUGCUGCAAAACUCCACAUAAUUUAAUGAUAUUUCCAGUGCAGUAAGUAAGUAACUGACUCUCAGUACUUGGCUCAGUACUGUAGCGUAUUGGCUUUAAAAUUAAACAAAGACUAUUGAGGUUAAAGAAAAGAAUGUUAGCUUUGAUUUGGGACUAUUUACACAUGUACUGGGUGAACCAAACUUUUGCAUAAGUCAUCCCCACUGUAUCAUAUGCAAUUGUACAAAUUCUUGUACUUGUUUUGAUGACUUUUGCUCAGAAGGCAUGGUUCAGGUCAGGUAUUUGACUUGGCCAAUCACAAACCUUUCCCUUAUAAACCUGGAAAGCUCCAUAGGUUAAUGUUUUGGAUUGCCAUGCUGGAUGGUGAAGGGCCAUUGAUUAUGAUAACUUUGGUGGGAUCUAAGCAAUUAAGAUCUGCUUCAGAUUGUCAGUCACAUUAUUAGUAAAGUUAACUAUUCGCUUACUGUCUAAUAUAUGCAAGACCUUAACAUGUGCCACUGUUAUAAGACAAUCAAGGUUAUUCACUUCAUCUGUGAUAAUGUUGUGGCUCAGCAGUAUAUGACUGCAAGUGAAACUGAUCACUUUCCUGAUGAUGUGAGUGACAUUAUGGUAUAAUGGGGAACAAUGUAUAAAAGGGCUGUAAUUACUUUAUUAUGGUUCACCCAGUACUUGUGUAAAUACUCUCAAAUUAAGGCUAGCAUUCUGCUCUUUAACUUCAGUAGCCUUGUUUAUUGUGAUUCAAGAAGGAACAAAUCAUGAAUCAGAAACAGGGUGUUGGUCACCCAAGGCUCAUCGAUGAACGAUGGCAAGGGUUAUCCCAUCUGGGCUGAACUUACAGAACGGGCACAGAAUUUUACAACACACAUUGCUUGGCACCAUGCUGGGUAUGGGGCUAUGUGCUAACAAACCAGUCAUAGAGCCAAUGCCAACCCCUGUUCACCGUCAAAAAUACCUACAAUGAGCAUGUGAGCUCAAAUGGCCCUUGAAGCAAUGGAUAAAGCUCACCGGGUCCACGGAAUCUCAUUUUCUUUUAAAUCAUGUGGCCAGCCGGAUAUGGGCAUGCUGUUUACCUGGAGAAGUAGUGUGACCAGGAUGCACUGUUGUAAGAAGGAGUGUGUCCUGAGUAAUAAUCAGCCUGGUUCCAGGCAUUCGUGUGGACACCAAUUUGACAUGUGUUACUUAACAUUACUACCAACCAGGUACACCCUUCAUGGCAGUGGUGUUCUCCAAUGGAAGUGUCCUCUUUCAGAAGGACGCAUUGUUCAGGAAUGGUUUGAGGAAUAUGAUGAAGAGUUCCAGGUGUUGUCCUUGCCUCUGAACUCCCUCAGUCUCAAUAGAUGCAAAUGCUCCUUUUACAACUCUCUCAUGCAAUAACUUAGUGAUGGCAACACCACGCAGACAGCCACAGAACAACUGAGUGACCACUUGUCAUUGAUUCCUCGCCUCUAAAAUAAGAGGCUGAAAUUCAAAUACAGUUCUUCCAAAAUGAAUGUAUUGCUCCUCAAAAUAAAGCUCACAAUCUGUACUAACUACAUUGUUUCACUUCAAAUCUUAUUUGCUGAAAAUGCCAAAACGACACAAAAUAUGUCACAGUGUAUAGAAUGCCCUGUAGCGGUAUUUAAUCUGAGGACACAUCAUUUUACUUAUGAUCAUUUACUUGCAAUGGUUUAGGUGAGUCUAUGAUGAAGUAGAAAUUUUUC